UAUCCAAACCCCCUCCAAAACCCUCUCGAUUCCUCUCCAAUGGCGAAGCUCUCAUCCUCGUAGAGCUCCGAGCUCACAUCAAUGGCGGCAACGAAGGCCUCCCCGCUUCCAUUCGUGAUUCCCAAUCGGCGUGGUCCCUCUCUUCUCUUUGCUGGAUUUUGCAGACCAUUCCGAGUUGCUCCUAGACCUUUCAUCCCCAUCAGAAUUAGGGCUUUCUACACAGGAGCCGGUUCCGUAUCAGUAUCUCCCCAGAAGGAGAAACAUCUGACCGAGCUUGAUGAUAUUGCGAUUCUGAACGAGAGAAUCCGAAGGGAUCUUGGGAAACGGGAAGGGUUGAGGCCUGGGAAGAAGGUGGAUUCAGAGGAGGCUGAGAAGUAUAUUAAUAAGGUGAAGCAGCAGCAGCAAAGAGGGUUGCAGAAGCUCAAAGGGGAUUCAGAGGUGAAGGGGAGUGGGUUUGGGUAUAGAGUGGAUCCUUAUACACUGCAGUCUGGGGAUUAUGUGGUGCAUAAGAAGGUAGGGAUUGGGAGGUUUGUUGCGAUUAAGUAUGAUGUGCCAAAGGGUUCCUCCGAGCCCAUUGAGUAUGUUUUCAUUCAGUAUGCGGAUGGGAUGGCGAAGCUUCCUGUUGCACAAGCAAGCAAGAUGCUUUAUCGAUACAAUCUCCCAAAUGAAACAAAAAAGCCACGGACAUUAAGCAAACUAAGUGACACUGGUGCGUGGGAGAGAAGAAGAACCAAGGGGAAGAUUGCUGUUCAAAAGAUGGUUGUUGACUUGAUGGAAUUGUACUUGCAUAGACUAAAACAGAAGAGGCCUCCAUACGCCAAAAGCCCAAUUUUGGAUGAAUUUGCUGCUCAAUUUCCUUAUGAACCAACCCCUGACCAAAAGCAGGCUUUUAUUGACGUUGAGAAGGAUUUGACAGAAAGGGAAACUCCAAUGGACAGACUGAUCUGCGGAGAUGUUGGAUUUGGUAAAACUGAAGUUGCUUUGCGUGCCAUCUGUUGUGUAGUCUUUGCUGGGAAACAAGCUAUGGUUCUGGCACCAACUAUUGUUCUUGCAAAGCAACACUUUGAUGUGGUUUCAGAGCGCUUUUCGUGCUAUCCUCAUGUGAAAGUGGGACUCUUGAGUAGGUUUCAGACCAAGGCAGAGAAAGAGGCAUACAUUUCUAUGAUUAGGACAGGGCAACUGGACAUCAUAGUUGGAACUCAUGCUCUUCUUGGCAGUCGUGUCGUCUAUAACAAUCUGGGUCUCCUUGUUGUUGAUGAGGAACAGAGGUUUGGGGUAAAACAAAAGGAGAAGAUUGCCUCUUUCAAGACUUCAGUUGAUGUUCUUACCCUUUCAGCAACACCAAUUCCACGCACCCUUUACUUGGCAUUAACUGGGUUCCGUGAUGUUAGUUUAAUUUCGACUCCGCCUCCAGAAAGAGUUCCUAUUAAAACUCAUCUAUCAUCAUAUAGUAAAGAAAAGGUUUUGUCGGCAAUCAAAUUUGAACUGGAUCGUGGUGGUCAGGUGUUCUAUGUUCUACCUCGAAUUAAAGGGCUGGAAGAAGUAAUGGAGUUUCUUGAGCAAUCCUUUCCAAAUGUUGAAAUCGCCGUUGCUCAUGGAAAGCAAUACUCAAAGCAGCUUGAGGAAACCAUGGAAAAGUUUGCCAUGGGAGAGAUCAAGAUUCUCAUUUGCACGAAUAUUGUUGAAAGUGGUCUGGAUAUUCAAAAUGCGAACACAAUCAUAGUUCAGGAUGUUCAACAAUUUGGGCUAGCCCAAUUAUAUCAGCUGCGGGGAAGGGUUGGGAGAGCAGAUAAAGAAGCAUAUGCAUACUUAUUUUAUCCUGACAAGUCAUUACUCUCUGACCAAGCAUUAGAGAGACUCGCUGCCAUGGAGGAAUACCGGGACCUGGGGCAAGGCUUCCAACUUGCAGAGAGAGACAUGGGAAUUAGGGGGUUUGGCAAUAUAUUUGGUGAGCAACAGACUGGUGACAUUGGCAAUGUCGGCAUUGAUCUCUUUUUUGAAAUGCUGUUUGAGAGUUUGUCCAAGGUUGAAGAACACCGGCUUAUCUCUGUUCCUUACAAAAAUGUUCAGCUAGAGAUAAAUAUCACAACCCACCUGUCAUCUGAAUUCAUCAAUAAUCUUGAGAAUCCCAUGGCAUUGAUUAGUGGAGCUGAGAAAGCUGCUGCAAGAGAUAUGUGGAGCUUGAUGCAAUUUACAGAGGUUUUGCGACAACAAUAUGGAAAAGAACCUCAUUCUUUUGAGUUGAUAUUGAAGAAGCUCUACAUAAGGCGAAUGGCAGCAGACCUUGGUAUCAGUAGAAUAUACACAUACGGCAAGAUGGUUAUUAUGGAAACUAACAUGAGUAAAAGGGUUUUUAAGCUUAUGGCAGAGUCAAUGACAUCUGAAUUACAUCGGAAUUGCCUUAGUUUCACUGGAACUGAAAUACGGGCUGAACUUCUCUUGGAGCUACAGAGGGAGCAACUUUUGAACUGGGUCUUUCAAUGCCUAUCAGAGCUCUAUUCUUCAUUGUCUGUUCUUGUGAAAUAUUAGAUUCUCCACUACAGAAAUAAUUUCAACAUCUGACACAGAAUGAGGUCUCAUUCUCCCAAAAAAGUAUACUCCCUGGCUUCUUGAUGGAUGAACAUUCAAGGAAGCUCAUGAUUAAUCACACCCUGGAGCCAUGUUGUACAUCUACCACACUUUGCAGGCUCAUGGUGGACACCUGCUCUUCCUUCUUCAUAGUUCUCUAAUGAAGCACUGAUCGAGUUGAAAGUCAAUGUAACCUAUAGACACCAAUAUUACUUAUGGCGGAGAUUAUAUCAUGAUUUUGCAGAUGCUGGGGGUUACGCUGUCUCUCACGCUGCUCAGGAUCCAAUCUCACUGUUAAUAGAUUUCUCAUGGUCCAUCUAUAAUUUGCAAAAUUACCGCUUGGUUUUUUUAUUAGUUUAUAUGCCAUGAAACUUGUGAUCGAUUUGUCAUUAUUUAUAUCAAUUAGGAAAUUUGUUAUUUGCUUACAAUGCAUAUAUGAUAGUUCGGUAUAGUGUGAUAUCAAGCUUACAUCCACUAUAAACACGUUAAUCUGUUAUGUUUUUUAGGUGUUUUUUUUUUCUUUCUUGUUUAUGAUUAUUUCCUUCCAGGCCUUUAACUAUUGUGAUGCAGAUUUCUGCAUCUAUCUGAAUUUCAAACAUGGAUUUCUGAUUGGACGGAUUCAAUUAGUGUAUGCCUAUAGUCCAGAAGGGUGAUAAAUGCAUGUG